AGCUGCAGCUCGCCGAGCCCCCCCUCCCCGCCGGAGAAACCCCAUACCUCAUAUAAUACCCUCCCCCCGUCUGCCCUCCAAAUAUACCGUGCUGUAAAGGUAGUUACAUAACUUCGAUGAUGACGUCUCCACUCAUGCGCUCAUUAGCUUCUGCUUCUGCUUCUCUAAGAUCUUUCUCUCGCCGUGCGCCGCCGCCGCUGCUGCUGUUCCGGAGGUGCCAAUGGACCGCGAAGAGGUCGCUGUUGACACAGAGCUGCUACGAUGGUCCUACCACUCCCCCGCUGCUGCACCAAACCGUCGGACAGCACCUAAUCGACACCGUCCGGGAGCACGGCGAUCGCACAGCGGUCAUAUCGCGGCACCAAUCUACACGCCUUAGCUACCACGAGCUUCUUGGGCAAUCACUGACGCUCGCAGCCGGGCUGCGACGACAAGGCGUUGUCCGGGGCGCGCGCGUCUGCGUCUCUCUCGGCAACGGCAUCGAGUUCGCCGUGAUCACGUGCUGGCUGCCAUAAGACAUCUCGACGCGCGACAUCUCGUCGUCGGGGCUGAGACACAUUUGCCGUUUAGGAGUCCGAGGAGUAAUGGCCCGUUGCUGAGGGAGUUGGAGCGCGAGGGGGGGC